GCGAUUCAACGGUUCAAAACUAUCUUUCGAGCCCCUGGUGCAUGGGAAAUCAAAAUCGACAUUCAUUUCGUCUGCCCUAAAUUAUCCAGAUUCCUCUCCGACUCCUAGCUAGCUAGUAGCAGUACAGGUGCUAUAUAGGAGUGCAUAUUAGGAGAGCGAGAGAGAGACAAAGAGCGCCAGCGCGAUCAUGUACGCGAGCAACCCAUGGGGAGGGCCGAUGGAGAUAGUAAACGGCGGGGACACGACGGAAGACGAGCGGAGCCGGAACCUGACGACGGAAUGGGACCGGGCAUCGGUAAUGCACCAGUACCAACACCACGGCGCGUUGGACGAGACCCAGCAGAGCUGGCUCCUCGGCCCGCCUGAGGAGAAGAAGAAGAAGAAGUACGUGGACCUGGGGUGCGUCGUGUGCAGCCGGAAGCUGCUCAAGUGGACGAUGUGGCUGUUCGCGCUCGCGUUCUUGGUCAUCGCGCUCCCGGUCAUCAUCGCCAAGACGAUCCCCAAGCACAAGCCCCACGAACCUCCUCCGGACGAGUACACCGCCGUCCUCCACAAAGCCCUCAUGUUCUUCAACGCCCAAAAAUCUGGUAGAUUACCCAGCAACAACGGUGUUUCAUGGAGAGGGAACUCGGGUCUACAAGACGGAUCCGCGUUAACGGACGUCAAAGGAGGGCUCGUGGGCGGGUAUUACGACAGCGGAGAGAACGUCAAGUACCACUUCCCGAUGUCGUUCGCGAUGACGAUGCUGAGCUGGAGCGUCAUCGAGUACGAAGCCAAGUACCGCGCCAUCGGCGAGUACGAUCACGUCCGGGACCUCAUCAAGUGGGGCACCGACUACUUGCUCCUCACCUUCAACAACACCGCCACCAAAGUCGAAAAAAUCUACAGCCAGGUAGGGGGAGGCUUAGUUAAUAGUACAACACCAGAUGACAACUAUUGUUGGGAGCGGCCGGAAGACAUGGACUAUGCCAGACCUGUCCAAUCCACAUAUUCAGGUCCGGACCUGGCCGGGGAAAUGGCGGCAGCCUUUGCAGCUGCCUCCAUAGUGUUCCGGGACAACAUUGCCUACUCCGCCAAGCUCGUCAAAGGCGCGGCCACUGUAUUUGCCUUCGCUCGGGACUUUGCGAAGCGGACCACCUACUCCAAGGGGAACCCUUACAUCGAGUAUUACUACAACUCCACUGGAUACUAUGACGAGUACAUGUGGGGUUCUGCCUGGUUGUACUACGCCACCGGAAACACCAGCUACAUUUCCUUGGCAACCAACCCGGGAAUACCUAAGAACGCGAAAGCAUUUCUCAUGACUCCGAAGUUAAGCGUGCUUAGUUGGGACAACAAGCUGCCCGCGGCUAUGCUAUUGCUCACGAGGCUGAGGAUAUUCUUGAACCCAGGCUACCCGUACGAGGACAUGCUCCAAAUGUACCAAAAUGUCACUGGCCUCACCAUGUGCUCUUAUCUUCAAAACUUUCAUGUCUUCAACUGGACUCAAGCCGGGCUGAUCGAAUUGAACGUUAACGGUCAAGCAAACCCCGAUCUACAAUACGUGGUCAAUGCCGCAUUCCUGGCUUCACUUUAUGCAGAUUAUUUAAACGCUUCCGCUAUUCCCGGAUGGAAUUGUGGGCCCACUUUUAUCUCCACAGAUGUCCUUCGCCAGUUUGCUACCUCUCAGAUUGAUUAUAUUUUGGGAUCGAAUCCGCUGAAUAUGAGCUAUGUGGUGGGCAACGGCAAAAACUACCCCAAACGCGUGCAUCACCGGGCGGCUUCAAUACCGCAUGACAAGAACAAAUACUCGUGCACAGGGGGAUGGAAAUGGCGUGACAGCGCCAACCCGAAUCCAAACACCAUUACAGGAGCCAUGGUCGGAGGGCCUGACCACUCCGACAAAUUCAAAGAUCUGCGCAACAAUUACACCUACACUGAGCCUACAAUGGCUGGGAACGCUGGCUUGGUCGCUGCACUUGUUUCCCUCACAAGCAGCGGCGGCUACGGCAUUGAUAAGAACACCAUAUUUUCAGCCGUUCCCCCGCUUUACCCAGUUACCCCACCUCCUCCGCCGCCAUGGAAGCCCUAAUCGAAAAUCCCUCGAAACCAAAUUGAAGUUAAUUAUAAGAGAAUCCCCAUGGCCAGCUUGAGCAUCUUUUUUACGGAGUUCAUGCAAUAUAUUGUUCUUGUCUCGUUACUUCUUAUUAUUUGCAUAACUGACAGCUUCCUAUGUGAAUUCAUUCAUACCAAUGUCAUAAUGCUACCUCUAAUGUCGUUUGUCGAAUUCGUCUUAUUGUAAAUUUCACGAUCCAAGUAUCUUUGGUA